UACCCACAAAGCACUGUUCCAGCCUUCAGUGACUACAUUCUGCUGCUUAUCCGGGGAUGUCACACCGCUGCUAUUUUCUCCUCACAGUCCCUCUCACUUUCAGCUUAUAGUUCCACUGGAGUGACACACGGGGCUUUGCAUAGAUAGAACCAACAUUAAGACACCAGACUGAAGCCCAAAAUGGCAGAGCUUUGUGCCGGGAGCCUGUCGUUGGGGGAACCUGUUUUUAAUUACCAAGAACACGAGCUGAAUGAGCGACUCAAACGGCUUUACCCGGCCGUGAACGAGGAAGAGACCCCUUUACCCCGAUCAUGGAGUCCCAAGGAUAAAUACAGCUACAUUGGGCUGUCACAGAACAACCUGAGGGUCCAUUACAAAGGGCAUGGCAAAAAUCACAAGGAUGCAGCGUCUGUUCGAGCCACACAUCCAAUUCCUGCUGCCUGUGGGAUCUACUAUUUUGAAGUAAAGAUUGUCAGUAAAGGUCGAGAUGGGUACAUGGGAAUUGGUCUGUCUGCACAAGGGGUUAACAUGAAUAGACUGCCUGGAUGGGACAAGCACUCAUAUGGUUACCAUGGAGAUGACGGUCACUCCUUCUGCUCCUCCGGAACGGGCCAACCAUACGGUCCAACUUUCACAACGGGUGACGUGAUUGGCUGCUGCGUUAACCUCAUCAACAACACUUGCUUUUACACCAAAAAUGGCAUUAGUUUAGGUGUGGCUUUCACGGACCUUCCUCCUAACUUGUACCCUACUGUGGGGCUACAAACUCCGGGCGAGAUUGUCGAUGCAAACUUUGGACAGCAGCCAUUUGUCUUUGACAUUGAGGACUACAUGAGUGAAUGGAGAGCUAAGAUCCAUGGAAUGAUUGCUCGCUUCCCAAUUGGAGAAAGGCUAGGUGAUUGGCAGGCUGUCCUGCAGAAUAUGGUGUCCAGCUACCUGGUUCACCAUGGAUACUAUGCCACUGCCACUGCAUUUGCUAGAGCCACAGAAACCAUGAUACAAGAAGACCAGACAUCUAUCAAGAACAGACAGAGAAUACAGAAGCUGGUGCUGGAAGGACGUGUGGGUGAAGCCAUCGAAGCCACGCAGCAACUUUAUCCUGGUCUGUUAGAACACAAUCCAAACCUUCUGUUUAUGUUGAAGUGUCGUCAGUUUGUGGAAAUGGUGAACGGUACAGACAGCGAGGUUCGCUGCUUGACCAUACGCUCCCCCAAAUCCCAGGGAAGUUACCCGACUUCUCCCAACCUUAGCCCUCGACAGGGGGCUGGAAAUUCACACAUGCACACUGGAGGUGUUGACAGCCCAACAUGCAGUAAUGGGGUGACUCCCUCCAAAAAAUCAAAGAGCCACAGCAAUGUUGUUAGCAGCAACAUGAAAUACCCAAGCACGUCAUCCUCUGCCUCUUCAUCCACCUCCUCCUCACCUUCAUCCAUCAACUACUCUGAGUCUAAUUCUUCUGACUCCACCAAGAGCCAGCCACACAGCAACAACAGCAACCAAGAAACCAGUGACAGUGAGAUGGAGAUUGAAGCGGAGCACUACACUAAUGGGGUUGUUGAGGGCUCGUCCGCUCGUAUCAUGAAUGGCACAUAUAAACACGAAGAGAUACUUCAGCCGGAUGACAACAGCAUUGGUAAUGGUGUCACAGGAGAUGAGAGUUACAGAAAUGGCAGACAACUUUGUGGCGGGAACCAGGCAGCCACAGAAAGGAUGAUCCAAUUUGGACGGGAACUUCAGGCACUAAAUGAAAAGCUGUGCCGCGAGUACGGCAAGAACACAACACACAAGAAGAUGUUACAGGAUGCAUUCAGCCUGUUAGCGUACUCUGAUCCGUGGAACUGCCCUGUUGGUCAGCAGUUGGACCCCACACAGAGAGAGUCACUCUGCUCCGCACUCAACAGCGCCAUACUGGAGUCCCAAAAUCUGCCUAAGCAGCCUCCUCUGGUGUUAGCACUGGGCCAGGCUACGGAGUGUGUACAACUAAUGGCCCGAGUCAGGUCUGGGUCUUGCUCCUUUGCCAGAGUAGACAACUUUUUGCUUUAGCCCUUGUGUAGGUUUACGUUAAGUUGCACUGAGAGUGAGCGGGCGCAUCCAGCAGGUGGUUAUCUUGGCUAUGGAGAAGAAAGCAUGCGUGUGAUUUAGUGUUUGGCGUUACUGUCGUUGUCAGCGGCGGAACCGGUGGGCCAGACAGAAAAAGCAGAGAGAAGAGUAGAAGAGAAAGCUUCCUUUUUAAUUUAGUAUUAUCAAAUAAACGUGUGACACUAUUUAAAUAUUAAUUAUACUUCUGUUUAUCUAGACUUUCUUGUCACAUUCUAGUGCUCAUCUCCUAUGAACACAAUUUUUUUUUCUUGGUGGAUUUCAACUCCCUACGAUAGGUUUUCUACAUAAUUUUUGAGCUACACCAUAUCUUGUGCCACUAUACCCACAACCGGUUACCUUCACAAUAGUUGGUCAUUAUUACAUCAAGUACCCCCGAAAUAUCAACUUGGACAAGUAUCCUUUUCACAGUGCAGUGCAAAUCUGAGGAGUGUUACUUUGCCAGGAGAGCAGAACAGAAGCACUGAUGAAUUGUUUGCUCACCCUAUGUUAUUGAUGUUUAAAAGAUCCAGCUGAUGUAUUCUAGGAUGGAGAAAAUAAGAACUCUAACCUAAGUAUAAUAAUCAAACCAUGUCAAUUCCAGAGCAGCAGUUUGACAAGGGAUAGUGUUAUUUCUAACAUUUGUAUUAGUUUUGCUCUUUUUCUGCCCCUCCCUCCCAUUUAGAAACUACAAACCUCAAUCAAGGGAAAAAAACUGAGCAUAAACUGAUUUACUGAUGAAAUGUCAUACCAUAACAAAAUAAGAAAUUUGGUAUAAAAUUGAUGGAGGCCACAUCUAAUAAUAUUAAAAAGCCUUGCUUUUCCACUACCCAUCUGACCAAAAUUAAUUUAAUCACAACUCAAUAUCGUAUUGUACAACGACAGGUGCAUGUAUUUGAAUGAGUAGAAGUGGGGGCGUGGUUGAAAGAAGUACAUUUUAUAUUUACUAUUGAGUACUUGUAGUAUUUUAAUCUUACAAUUCUUAAUCUUGGAGGAGUGCUUUAUAAUUUAACUUGUUUAAUAUAGGAAUGACAGCAGCAUCAGCUGCAACAAAAAGCCUCACCCUGGUUAACUGUAUUCAAGAGUGACAUACCCUGGCAAAGGACGAGAUAAUGGAUCCGCUCCAGAGUGAGUGAAUAGUUCUACAUUAAAAAUUUUGAAAUAAACAUUUGCAGCAAGUGUUUGGUCCCUCCAUAUAAUUAGAGUAUGCAAUUAUUCAAACUUUUUUUUUUUUUAAAGGUUUAAUGUCACUUGGACCAACUUGUUUAUUGUGAAAUGAUCAAAAGUAAAUCUGAUUUCUCAGCUUUAACAUACACCUGUUACACAAACACAAUUUCUGGUUCAUCUGUAAAGGGAGCAUGUGCCAUUGUGUUGCUGAUGUUUAAGGCCUGGUCUCCCUUGAUCCCCGCAUACUUGAUAUAAAUGACUCAUUGGACGUAACAGAUUUGUUGGAAAGAGGUCAGAGAACGGCCUUACGGAGAAUGCCUUGGGCAUUGGUAGAAAAGCAGUGCACAACUGACUCCUAUUGUGGUAUUAAUUUCUUGUUUUACGUUUUAGCAUAACAGUAAUAAAGGACCCCCACCUCUUUUUUUUUUUUUUUUUUUUUUUUUUUUUUUAAGUUUAAAAAAUUACUGUCUCCUUAGCAUGACUUUGAAAAUCUAUGGGGGAAAAAAGUUUAAUUGGAAAAAGAUGUACUGGAAAUGUGUUAAAGAAAUAUUGUAUUCUGUUUUGACAGAAUUAUUUUUAUUAAAAUACACCCAUGGGCAUAUGACGGAUCUGACUUUUUGUCUUAUUUUAGCAGAUAGGAUGACAUGUUAUGAUGUGUGAUUCCAAAGGAAAUAUGAAUCGUUACAAUAUGACUGACAGCAUACGUGUCAAGUUGUACGAUUUCGGUGUAAUUUGUACAAGUGAGCACUGAUUUUUAUACUGUAUGUGUGCGCUGUACAUUCAAAAUCUGUGUUUUUCGUGCAUUACGUUUUUUUUUUCUCCGUUCGGAUUUUGUCACCGUUUCGGCAACGAGACGAUGCGUUACGUUGGUUGAAUGACACGACAAAAGUCUGAGACCGAGAAGUGUUGUGACGCUGUAGCAAACGCGAUGCUAGGCUAGGUGGCUCCAAUAUUUCCUGACUGUAGCUGACAGCCUAUAAUCUACGCCGAGAUCUCAGUUGCUUAUAGAACUACAU